AUGUCCAUGUUCGUGCCCCAUCUGGGCGCACUGAUCUCCAUCUACUCUACAUCUGCCGCCCCAACACCCCAGACUCGGACACAUGUGGACCUCAGCAAAAAGAAUAGAGACCCCACAACCCUGCCCUACAAAGAUGUGGCCAGCCGCUACACCUCAAUCCCCUACAACGCCACCAUCGCCAAAACAACCCUCGACACCGUCAUAACACUCUUCAGAGACUAUUGUGCCUUUCGCGAGUCGGUCUUGACACCUGAUCUAAAGGCGCCGUUCUCGAGUGCGCCGGUGGAUGGUUUGAAAGAGUUGGAUGUGCUGAGGACAAGGGAGUUUAAGAGUGAUUUUGAGUUCCAUUCGACGGUGGGUCGGGUUGUGGAUUCCCUUCAUGAUACCCAUGCUAGCUAUUAUGAGGACUGCUAUGACAAGUACCUCUUCAUUCAGAACAGCACCAUUUACGCCUCUGUCAUCAAAGGCAUGCAGCACUUUCCUCCUCGAAAUGGACCCGCCACAGCAAGAAGGACAAAGAACGCUUCCUCUCCAACUACAGCAGACGCACCCCUCACCCCCAAUGGCCUCGACGCGCGCCAAGUCGCAGCCGGUGCUACAACAGUCUACUACCAACUCAAAGACAAACCCCAUGUCGGUGUCGUCGUCGUCUUUUCCCAUGAAGCCAUAGUCCAGGAACUCGAGACUGCCCGACAAGCGUUCAAGGACUUUCAUGACAACGGGGUCACUCAUCUGAUUAUCGACAUCCAGAGCAAUGGCGGGGGCGGGGCCGUCUCGUCGUUGGAUAAACUGAGCGAAGUGUUUCGGUCGAGUGGUAUGGUUCCUCCCUUUGAAGACCUGCCAUACUUGGAAGGUGGCAUUUCUCUCCCCUUCUUGAGAUCUACUCUCCCACCAUUCCCCAACCCCCGUCUGAACUAA